GUCUCCGUGCUGUACCGGUGAUGCGAUUCGCAUAAAACCGGAGACUGCACGUUAUUCUUUCCCAUAUCACAGAUAAGACGGCACCCGGGACCCCAGCCAGAUUAAAGUUACUUUAAUACAAAUUCGGGACAAGGAAUCAUUCCAUCAAGAACUGGGUCCAGAGGCUGAUUCUCCAUAAUUGGUCUCGAGAGGCUGGACCGGCAGGAGCAGUUCACGGUCACGUUCGCGCUUACAUUUGUGUUUUUGCGGACUCUUCUUCUGUUCAGUCAGAGCACCUCACACAGAGCUCGUCAGUAGCGACGGACUGUGGUUCUGCUCGAAACCCAAGCCUGUUGCUGUUAGUUGCUCCGCUGCUAUGGCUUUUGCAGACCUCCUGGAGCUGGUAGGCAGCACUGGACGUUUCCAGAUCAUCCACGUCACCCUGCUCUCCUUGCCCAUCCUCAUGAUGGCCAGUCACAACCUCCUCCAGAACUUCGUAGCCUUGGUGCCGCCCCACCACUGCCGGGCCCCAAAGAACUUCUCGGCGCCCCGUUUGGACCCCAGCCAGGCCGUCCGGCUCUUCGUGCCGCUGGAGGCCGACGGGCAGCUGUCGAAGUGCCGCCGUUACGCUACUCCUCAGUUCCACCUCCAGACCAGCAAUGCCAGCUCCAGAACUGCAGAUACCCCCAGCAAAGAUUUACAGGGAUGUGAAGAUGGCUGGGACUAUGAUACGAGCGAGAUGAGCUCCACCAUAAUAUCAGAGUGGGACUUGGUGUGUGACCGGCGCUCGUACAAGCAGAUGGGCCAGAGUGUUUACAUGGGAGGGGUUUUAGUGGGAUCAGUGGUAUUUGGAGGAUUGGCGGACAGGUUUGGCCGCCGGAUGCUGCUGCUGCUGUCCCACCUCCUGAUGGCCGUCUCGGGGACGUGUGCAGCCUUUGCCCCCUCUUUCCCCCUCUUCUGUCUCUUCCGCUUCCUUUGUGGCAUGGCGCUGUCCGGCAUGAUCCUCAACUCCUUCUCGCUCAUCUUAGAGUGGAUCCCCACGAAAGUGCGGACGGUCGUGGGCACUGCCACGGGAUACUGCUAUACCAUGGGCCAGCUGAUUCUGGCUGGGGUGGCUUACUUCGUCCGGGACUGGCGCUGGCUCACUCUGGCCGUCUCCAUGCCGUUCUACAUCUCCUUCCUCUACUCCUGGUGGCUACAGGAGUCGGCGCGCUGGCUCGUGCUGAGCAGGAAGCCGGAGCAAGCUGUGAAGAACCUGCGCGUCGUAGCCCACAUCAACGGACGCGAGGCGGAGGGGCGGCGAAUCAACGCUGAGAUGCUGCAGGAGUCGAUGAUGAAGGAGAUGUCUUGCUCUCGAGGAACUCACUCUGCAAUGGACCUGUUCCGCACAUCUGUCAUAAGAGUCAUCACCAUCUGCCUCAGUGCCGUCUGGUUCUCCACAAGUUUCGCCUACUAUGGCUUAUCCAUGGACCUCCAAAAGUUCGGAGUGGACAUCUACCUGAUCCAGGUGAUCUUCGGGGCGGUGGACAUCCCCGCCAAGGUCAUCGGCGUUGUGUGCAUGAGCAAAAUUGGCAGGCGGCCAUCCCAGUGUGCCGCCCUCAUCCUGGCCGGUGUCACCAUCCUCAUCAACCUGGCAGUGCCGUACGAAAUGCAGAUCCUGCGGACCAGCCUGGCCGUUCUGGGCAAAGGCUGCUUGGCUGCCUCCUUCAACUGCUGCUACUUGUACUCUGGAGAACUUUAUCCCACGGUCAUCCGCCAGAACGGGAUGGGCUGGGUCUCCAUGAUGGCGCGUGUUGGUGCGAUGGUGGCCCCCCUGGUCCUGCUUCUGGGGGAGACGGUGCCCUGGCUCCCUGGCCUCAUCUACGGGGGGGCGCCCAUUAUUGCCGGGAUAUUUGCCAUCUUCUUACCGGAAACACUGGCCGUUCCUCUUCCGGACACCAUUCAGGACAUGGAGGACAGAACAUACGGGAACCAGCCCUUCGAGAGCUCUUUCAAAGAGCAUGAGGUUCCCCUGAAAGAUCUCACCAGCUCAGUCCAGAAGGAAGAGAUUUGAGACGUCACUCCAGAGGGUCCAUGCAACCCAGAGGGGAAACCCUGGAACACGCAGAACUGUUUUAUUUUCCAUCAUGUUGCUACAUUUCUUUUUUACAUGUUUAAUUGCUGUCUCUAAAUUGCCUGUAAUGUAUGGUUGUGUGUGGGAGUGUGUGUAUGUGUAUGCCCAGUGAUGGACUGGCAUCCCGUCUGGGGGGCACCCCAGCCCUGUGCCCAGUGCUGACUGGGAGGACUGGCUCCAGGUCUUCUGCAAACCUUAACUGCACAAGUGGCUGGAAUGUGGGUGGAUAGUUUCAAAUUUCGGAUUAUUAUUAUUAUUAUUAAGUUUUAUUUAUACAGCACGUUUCAUACAUCUGAAUGCAGCGCACAGUGUGUUACAGAGAAGGCAAAUAAUAAAUAAUAAAAACAACAUAAUUACAGGGAUGUCCCUACAGUGACAAGACCAUACAAAUACAUGAGUGUCUGGUGUCUGAGCUCGUCUAAGGCCCAGAAACCCCCGGACAGUGAUGCUCAGGUGAUGCUAUAUUAUUUGCAUGGUGUACUCUCUUAUAUUUACUGCUGUAGAUUACAGUCUGUUAUACUAAUCCUGUUGUGGAUUUUAUGCAUGAGCAUUUGAAAUGCAUAUCCUGAUAGUCUGUGCAGUCUUCUCAAAUGAAACUAUAGUUUUGUUCUUGAAAUUUUGGAAGUUUUGGGUACAUUGAAUUAUAUGCAUGUGCAUUUUAAAAUAGUGUGCCCUAAGAUGGACUGUCAUCCCAUCCGGCCCUGUGACCACCAUAAGCCCCCCAUAAUCCAAAAUAAUUUAAUGUACUGCAUUUUCUGAGAAUGCUUUGAAGGUGCUGUUGGAAAUUAUGUAAAUAUCAAAUGAUUAUAUUUCAAUGAUUAUAUUUAUGAAUGCUGAAUGUUAUUUGCAUAUGGAAAUUUUCUUAUUUUGCAUACAGAAAAUUUGUUCUAUCAAUAUUUUGAAAAAUAUUUUCCAGUUAAUAUUCUCACCCUUGUCCACUGUGGGAUUUACAUGGAAAAUGUGAGUGAAGGUCCUGAGAUACACCAACUGUGUUAGGCUCACCAAGAUGAGUUUAGUGUCACUGUGGGCUAAGACGCCAGUUACACCUUAAAUAACCUGCUAUGGAAAUUCCGGAAAUUCAGUCUGAAUGGGAGAUUUAAACUGAACCCUACAGGUAAAAUCACCUGGCAAAUGGACAUUUCAAUAGCUGAGCUGCUCUGUUUUAUUCACCAUAACAUCUGCUGAGAUAGUUACUCAUACUAUACAAAUUUCAACAUAUGACCAUAUGCACACUGAAUCCAAAAUUAAAUCAUUAUUGUAGGACUUGAA